AUGCCGAACCAGAAUUUGGAGAUUACUACUAUCUGCCCGGACUUGGAAAACUCGCAGUUCACAAUACAGAGUGCAGAACCCACCACUGCGAUGACCGUGGCCGUUGACCUCGCUGAAAACUCCACUGUGACGAGUUGUAACCUGCCCAGGAUUAAGAUACUGGGGACAGGGGGUACAAUUGCGUCCAAGGGUGUCAAUGCAUCCGCGACCGCUGGGUACCACGUCGAUUUGACCAUUCAGGACAUGCUAGACUCCAUCCCGGAUAUCUCGCAGAUAUGCGAGAUAGAAUACGAGCAACUGUGCAACGUGGAUUCUAAGAAUAUAGACGAACCACUCUUGUACAAGAUCUAUCAGGGGAUAUCGCAGUCGUUGCAGUCCUUUGACGGGAUUGUGAUCACGCACGGGACGGACACACUUUCGGAGACCGCUUUCUUCAUAGAGAGCACUAUUGACACGGGCGACGUGCCCAUCGUGUUUGUUGGUUCCAUGCGUCCCUCGACAAGUGUCUCAGCGGAUGGGCCAAUGAACUUGUACCAGGCCAUUUGCAUUGCGUCUAAUAGGGAGUCCAGGGGAAGGUCCGUGCUCGUCUCUUUGAACGACCAGAUAUCCGCCGGUUACUACAUCACAAAGACGAACGCCAACAGUCUAGACUCCUUCAACGUUAGACAGGGGUAUCUGGGGAACUUCGUCAACAACGAAAUCCAUUACUACUACCCACCGGUAAAGCCACAGGGGUGUCACAAGUUUAAACUGAAUUGGAAACCAGACCUGGCGACUGGGGGGCACGAAUUCGGCCUCCCCAAAGUGUGUAUCCUCUACGGCCACCAGUCGAUCACUCCCGAGAUCCUAACGCUGAUCGAGGGCAGCUGUGCUGGGAUAGUGAUCGCGACGAUGGGCGCAGGAUCUUUGCCCGAUGAUAUGUGCCAGCGGGCGCUUCAGUCUCCAGUGCCCAUCGUUUUCUCAAAGAGGUCCAUGGAUGGGAUGAUCCCCAUUGCAAACCUACCAAUCGAUUCAAGCACACGAACCCGCGGCAGCGUCAUCGCAUCAGGGUACUUGAACCCCGAGAAAUCAAGACUGCUGCUCCAACUUUGCCUUUCCGGGGGUUACUCAACAGAGGAGAUCAGACAUGUCUUCAAGGGCGUCUACGGUGGUUAA